UAUACACAGAUUCACCGGUUGUGCCUCUCUAUACAUAUAUAAUUUGAGUUCAAGUUUGCAGUUUGUUCAAUACUUGAUAGAUAUUCAGACAAGAUGAUUGGUGUAUUGUUGUUUUGUGUUAUAAUGUGCCUCUGCGCAAUGUGGGCGUGGCUUGUGUUCGUUGUGAAUGGGAAACAUAAACUGCCCCCUUUCUAUCCUGGGCACCUACCCAUUAUUGGACAUUUGCACCUGCUUAUAGGUGAUGGAGUUUACUUAUGGAAUUUUGCAAAAUCAGUUGCCAUGAAAGCCAUGGAAAAAGGCGGCGUUCUUGUUUUGCUUUUGGGAUACCGAAUAUAUUACGCUAUCACAGAUCCUGAAGACGCGUUGACGGCCGCUAAUGCCUGUCUACAGAAGCAUUUUACUUACGAUUAUGCCAAACCUUGGCUGGGAGAAGGAUUGAUCACAUCUUCAGGUGAAAUAUGGAAACGUCAUCGAAAGCUGUUGACUCCAGCGUUCAGCCUUCCAGUGAUGUACAGCUUCCUAGGAGUAUUUAACAGCCAAUCACGAAUGCUGGUUGACAAUUUAAAAGCUAAAGUUGGAAAAGGAAAAUUUGAUCACACUGAUUAUUUAAGGAACAACGCUUUGCAGACUUUUUGUUUAACAGCAUUUGGUUUCUCGAACGGUUUCGAAGACAAACAAUUCAUUCAGAAAUACAUGCUUGCGGUGGACGAGAUCUUGAAUAUAGUGACUCGAAGAUUCCAGAAAUUUUGGUUGCAAAGUCAACUAAUAUUCAAGCUGUGUGGCUAUCAGAAACGCCUGGAUGAAGUGGUGAAGAUCGUCAAUGACAUGUCUGAUAAGGUUAUACAAAUGAAGAAAGCAGCGAGACUCAACGGUACAGAUUAUACUUCAGAUACAAAAUACAAGCCAUUCCUGGAUCUUCUAUUGGAGUUAUCGGACGAUAACGCAUUAUCUGACAAGGAGAUUCGAGAGGAGGUGGACACUGCGAUCGUGACCGGCUUCGACACAACUUCAAGCUUACUAAGUUACAUCAUGAUACUGCUGGGAACCCAUCCUGAAAUCCAGGAGAAGAUCUACCAAGAGAUCAAACAAGUCUUUCCAACGGAUAGGGACGUCGAUAAGGAAGAUCUCCAAAAGUUGGUGUAUACAGAAGCAGUGAUCAAAGAGAGUCUGCGAGUCUUCACCACUGGGCCGGUCACCUUGAGAUACGUUGAAAAGGAUGUCAAACUCAAAAACUACACGAUGCGCGCAGGCAGUCAAUGUAUCAUCUUGUUGUUUGGAGCCCACCGGGACCCCGUUUGGGGUAAAGAUGUUGAGCAGUUCCGACCAGAGAGAUGGCUGAACCCCGACACGCCUGUCAAUCCUGGUGCCUUCAUCGGAUUCAGCUUGGGCAAACGAUCCUGUUUAGGUAGAACAUACGCGAUGAUCUCCAUGAAGACGACGCUAGUACAUUUCCUGAGAACUUUCAAGGUGUCAGCCGACGACAGCAACCUAAAACUUAAGGUCGAUUUUCUUUUGAAACCUGUUUCUGGACAUGAAAUCACUAUUGAGGAAAGAACGUGAACCGAAUAAGUAUAGGUACUGACUUUAUUUUUAAAGUGACACUAUGUUUUUUUACGUUAGACGGGUCGACGUAUAUGUACUAUGUACUUUAUAAAUUUAAAAGUAAAUAAUAGAUUUAGACAGAUCUAUACUAAUUGGUACCUAGAUCUACAAAUCUAGACAUGUUUACGUUGCCAAUGUCAAUAAGGUUAUAGGUAGUGUGAUUUGGAAAAAAAGAUUUAAUACAUAGUUUGUUUGUUAGUACAUUAACACAAAUCUAAUGGUUGCUUGUAAAAUGCUUUCCUUAGAAAACUUACUCUUCACGGAAAACACACUUGAGGUACUUUUUGAAUAGGAAAUAAAUGUUGUUUGUUUCUUAAACUAGAUCUACUAAACUAGGUUUCGGAGCUAUUUUAGACCUUGUAUAAUCCUUAUAC